AUGACCCAGAAGAGCUACAAGAAACAUUGUCCGUACAAUCAUCCUGCUUCAUCCGACAUCAUAGAAGUUGAUGAAGAAACUACUGACAAUACAGACCGAAUUGUUGAGGAUCAAAAUCCUAUUUCUUCGCAAAAAAAAUUUUUGUCACCACAUAAAAAUGCUCCGAAAAGAAAAAAAAACGAGGACCCUCGUAUACAAGAGGCCUACGAUAUUUUAAAAAGCAGAACAGCCACUCAGACUGAACUGGACUCUUUACCAAUUUCCCCUCAGGUGUUAUCACCAUCCCAACAAACAUUUCAACCUUCAACAUCUAUUUGUCAAAACUUUCGUACUUAUAAUUCACUACCGUCUCCUUCUUCGUCAAUAUCAUCAGUAGGACCUCCAUCUUGUACUCCAUCACCACUUCAAUGUCCUCAAAGUAAUAUACAACAAUAUAAUGAACAUGCACCACAACAAUCAUCCAGUGAGCACUCGAGCACCCAUAGCCAGGAAGUGCCACCCGACCACCAGGAGAUUACGUCCGAGAAUUCACUCAUCUUUCAAGUCAAUUCAAGCCAACAAACUGCUAACCAGCUAACUACAGCUACCUACUUCUCGAAAUAUGAUGAAAUAUGA